AUGUCUGCUGAUGCUACAAACUCUGCUGGAUCCACCUUGCCUACAGAUCCAGCAAUUACCAACACCACCACUGAAAAUCUGCCCUUUUCGUUGAUAACAAUUAAUGUUACCAACAUCACUAAGUUGUCGACAACAAACUAUCUUACAUGGAGUCUGCAACUUCGAUCGCUCCUCCAAGGAUAUGAUCUUCAAGAUUACUUGGAGCCUGAGAACAAUGUUUCUCCAACAAUCACUGAGGAAAGUGUUGUUAAACCGAACCCUGCCUACCCAAAUUGGUUCCGCCAAGACAAGCUUAUAUUCUCAGCCCUUCUUGGCUCUAUUUCAGUGUCGUGUCAGGCUCUCAUAGCCCGUGCUGCCUCCACCAGCGAAGCUUGGACCAUCCUUGCUUUCACCUACGGCAGAUCCAGUCGAGGACACAUUAAACAAAUCAAGGACAACAUCACUUUCCUCAGUGAUUGUUGGAGAAACAUUGUUCUCAGGCUCCAAGUAAUCUUGAAGAUCAUAUCCUUGGAGGAGCGAUCGAAGUUGCAGACUCCAUGCAAGGUGGAUCCAGCAGAGUUUGUAGCAUCAGCAGACAUGGUUGAUGCAGGGAAGAAGAAAGAGAUGGAAAAAGAAAAAAAAAAAAGAGUCGAUAGACUUCUAUGGCUCUGA